GACAUGGCCCGCGUGUCAAUGGUUAGUGACUAUCACCCGACAGGGUCACAACCCUUUUCUAAAAAGGGACCAUUACCGCCCCAAAUGCGCACACACAGAUCGGUCGGAGGCGAGAACUGGUCUUUUCAGGACACAGUUCAGCUCUUGUACGGAUGUAUCCCCAGAUCGCAGGAUUUCCAAGAAAUCGAGUCUGUCCCUUGUGCACUUGUGAAUAAUUCCACAAGAGAGCACUUUGGGACUCCGGGUUAUCCUGAGGCUGCCCGGGACCUUUCCAGCUGUCCAGCCCCAGGUCUCCGGACGUUGAGCUCCAGGCUCCGGGCUGAGCUAGCUAGUGUUUGCUUCCUGUUCCUUCCACCGAGGGAAGCGAACGCCACCCCCACCGCGUUUUGCCUGUGAGUCUCCCUAGCUGGU